UCAGCAGCAGUGCAGGACUCCUUAUGUCGAGCGCUCUGGACAGCACUGUGUUUGAUGCAACCUCCAGAUCAAGGCAAAGACCCAAUGACCUGGCAGAUGCACUGUCUCCAACCUUAGACCAAUAUGACAAGAUGAGCGAAGCCACAGCUGUGCGGACGUCACCUGAGGCUCCGACGUCCUCCGUUCAGGACAAGGGUGUGCCUGAAUACCUCAGAUCUGACAGCUAUGGUAGUGAUGCCAAGAUUAUCACAAACUUUCUGCGUCUGACUAGAGUCGAUAUCGAACCCAUUGCUCAAAUCACCCAGUUUCGCACAAGUAGUUUGGACGCCCAAGGGGAAGAAGCCAGGAGUUCGCUGCUUGGCCAGAAUGAGCAAGAUUUUACUUCAACAGAGGACUUGAAAGGCAUCGAUCCAAUUUUUCAUAGUAAUGAUAGUUUAAGUGACAUUUCUGAGGAAGAGGUAGCACAGCGCCCUAGUUCAGUCCGGGGGUUUUUCUCCAGAAAUACUCCAGAGAGGUUAUCUAGUCUUUUUAAGAGGAGUGUUGACAGUGCAGAUGAGAAAAUACGAGGAUUUUGGAAAAGGAGUGCGAGUGUUAGUCGUUCAAGUAGCAAAGAUUCGGUGAACCUUGAGCAGGGCGUCACAGAUUUCAUGGACAUGAGCAGGGAAACCUCAGAGGAGAAUAGCAGUGGAGGCAAGAGCAGUGCAAGCCGGAGCAGUGCAGAGGCUCCUCUCAACGCAGCAGAGGAGGAAGAGGAUGACAAGGAAACCAAAAAGGAGGAAGAAGAAGAGCAGCAGGAAGCUCAGGAAGCCGAGGAAGGCGAGCCACCCAAGAAGCUUCUGCUGCCACCUCGAUCUCCCAAUAUAAAUAUUGAUCGAACUUCAAACUAUUCACCCAUCCCAUCUAGUCCCAUGCGAACUCCCGUAACAGAAAAUGAUCCACUCGGAGCCUUUGGCACACUUAUGACGGACUCUGCCCCAAAGACCACAGAGACACCUCCUUCACUGUCUAGUGUGGCUACUUCCCAUAUAUCAGACUCCAGUAUGCGUGAUUCACCCUCGAGGCAGAGUGUUAAUAGUGAUGAUUCAGAGGCUUCCUCACAAACACGAGGUCAGAGGAAACCACCAAGGCCAGUCGCGCGUAGUGCCACAUUCAGCAGUCGUAGCGGUGUAUCCAUGAAACAGCAAGUGAAAAGAUCAGCCAACUCCCUAUGGGCAUUGUCUCCCUCUCCUAGUCCAACCCACACCUCACACUCCUCCUCCCCCAACCGUGCACUUCCACAUGACCGACCACAGUCUGACGACCCUCCAAACUCUGCCCUCGUGUCUGCCACUCCUACCUGGCCAUCCCUAAAGAUCUCCUUCAGGUAACACAACUCCUCCAGCAGGAGCAUUUACCCUAGUAUCUGGCAUUAUAACAUUCAUAUCACAUGCUGGAAUGUAGGUAAACUAAUUGCAUCCUUCAUCACAAUUUUUUGAUGCAGAAACUGAAACUCAUGAAUUCAGGAUAUGCUUGUCUAUGUCAAGGUAAAGCAUUGUCAAGCUCUCAGUUUCAAUAUUUUUUCCAAGCUCUUUAUUUUUAGUUU